CUUCUUCUCCUGCAGCAGAUCUUCCGAUGCAUUGUAACAGUGUUGAAGAACAUUAACUGUUGAACACAAUGCCUCGACAUCUGUAAUGGCGCGUUGACUUUCGGAUGUGACUUCGGUGGGAUAAACUAUUGUCCGGAUCCCCAAAACAGAGAUGUAGUCUGUAGUGUCGUCUGUCGGCAGACUCUGAGGUCUCACUAUGCUGCUUUAUCUGCUGCUGACCAUCUCACUAACAAACAUCAAUGGCCAGAUAGACCCAGCUCACUGUCGUUAUCCUCUCGGUAUGGAGGAUGGGAGGAUCAAAAACGAUGACAUCUCUGCCUCCAGCCAGUGGUAUGAAACCACAGGCCCUCAGUAUGCAAGGUUAAACCGUGAGGAGGGGGACGGCGCCUGGUGUCCUGCUGGUCAACUGCAGCCCUCAGACGUUCAGUAUCUUCAGCUUGACCUUCGUCAGCUCAUCUUCCUCACCGUGGUCGCUACGCAGGGUCGUUACGCGCGCAACUCCGGCAACGAGUUUGCGCGCAAAUACCGCCUGGAGUACAGUCGCGACGGACACCGCUGGAUCUCCUGGAGAAAUCGCUUUGGUAGUGAGACUAUAAUGGGCAAUAUAAACACCUACGACUCUGUGGUGAGAGACCUCCAUCCUCCCAUCAUCACUCGAUUCUUACGCUUGAUUCCCGUCACUGAUGCCCUACACACUGUGUGUAUGAGAGUAGAGCUGUUCGGAUGUGCCUGGCAGGAUGGCCUGACGGCGUACAGCUCUCCAGAGGGCCAGACCAUGAUGCCUCCUGGCUAUCCCAUUACACCUCUCAACGACUCCACGUACGACGGGGCCCUGGAACGCAGGAAGCUGUCUGGGGGUCUGGGUCAGCUGACGGAUGGUGUGAUCGGUCAGGAUGACUUUGUACAGAGAAGACUGGACCGCUUGUGGCCCGGAUAUGACUACGUGGGCUGGAGGAACGACAGCUUGGGCCCUGGAUAUGUGGAGAUGGAGUUCCAGUUUGACAGACAACGAAACUUCACCUCCAUGAAGGUCCACAGUAAUAACAUGUUCUCUCGGGGGGUGAAGAUCUUCGCGUCCGUGUCCUGUGUGUUUAAGCUGCACCUCAUUUCUGAGUGGGAAGCAGAACCGGUGGAGUUUCACACCGUUCUAGACGACAGGAACCCAAGCGCGCGUUACGUGACGGUCCCGCUGAAGCACAGAUCGGCUGCGGCAUUGCGAUGCCGCUUCUACUUUGCUGACACUUGGAUGAUGUUCAGCGAGAUCUCGUUUCAGUCUGCAACUAAUGUGCUUCCUACCCAGAAGCCCCCAUUGUUGACCCCUCCUUCUUACGAGGUUAACAGCAAACUACCACAAACUACACAAAAAACAGAGGACCAGACUACAGCAAAUCCACCCAAACCAGGCUCUCCUGAAGAGGGCAGUACAUCGAUUCUGAUUGGCUGUCUGGUGACUAUUAUUCUUCUACUAGUGGUGAUCAUCUUCCUGAUUCUGUGGUGCCAAUAUGUCUGCAAAGUCCUGGAGAAGGCUCCGAGGCGUAUUUUGGAGGAGGAGGUGACCGUGCGUUUGUCCUCUAGCAGCGACACAAUAAUUCUGCAGACUCCCCCGGUGCCCCCGCGCAUCUCCCUCGACCCGCCCUAUGAGAGGAUCUUCCUGCUGGACCCCCAGUAUCAGGAUCCUGCUGCGCUCAGGAAACUUCCCGAGCUGUCGCGAAGCGCAGAAGCUUCUGCCUGUAGCGGAGGAUAUGCCGAACCUGACGUGACCCUGUGCACCCCUCACCAGUGUUUUCAGAGCAGCGUGCCGCACUACGCUGAAACCGACAUCAUCAGCCUGCAGGGCGUCACCGGCAGCAACAUGUACGCCGUUCCGGCCCUCACCGUAGAUUCCCUGACGCGGAAGGACAUCUCUGUGGCCGAGUUCCCACGAGAGAGGCUGCUGUUCAGAGAGAAGCUCGGAGAAGGCCAGUUUGGUGAGGUGCAUUUGUGUGAGGCCGAGGGUUUGGCUGAGUUCCUGGGAGAGGGUGCACCGUUACCGGAGCAGGACGGGAGACCGGUGCUAGUAGCAGUCAAACAACUCAGAGCAGAUGCCACCAGCAAUGCCAGAAAUGACUUCCUGAAGGAGAUAAAGAUCAUGUCUCGUCUGAAUAACCCAAACAUCAUUCAGCUGCUGUGUGUGUGCGUGAGCUCCGACCCGCUCUGCAUGGUGACGGAGUACAUGGAGAACGGAGACCUCAACAUGUUCCUGUCCCAGAGAGAGAUCGAGAGCACACUCACACAUGCCAACAACAUUCCGUCUGUCAGUACUGCUGACUUGUUGCACAUGUCAGUGCAGAUCUCUUCUGGGAUGAAGUACUUGGCUUCUCUGAAUUUUGUGCACCGUGAUCUGGCCACACGAAACUGCCUCCUGGACCGUCAUCUCACCAUAAAGAUCUCUGAUUUCGGCAUGAGCAGAAACCUGUACAGUAGUGAUUACUAUCGUAUACAGGGGCGCGCUGUACUGCCUAUACGCUGGAUGGCCUGGGAGAGCAUCUUACUGGGGAAGUUCACAACAGCUAGUGAUGUGUGGGCAUUUGGAGUAACUCUGUGGGAGAUCUUCACUUUAUGUAAGGAGCAGCCCUACAGCCUCCUGUCUGAUGAACAGGUCAUCGAGAACACCGGUGAAUUCUUCAGAAACCAGGGGAGACAGAUCUUUCUCUCAGCCCCACCACUCUGUCCAUCCUCUCUGUUCGAGCUGAUGAUGCGUUGCUGGAGUCGUGACAUCACGGACCGGCCCACUUUUCACAGAUUGUAUCAGGCCUUGCGAACGUUAGCGCCCCACUCAUGACUGACACCUGCUCUACUGAAAUAACCUGGAGGAAAACUGUUAUACAAGUCUUCUGACUGCUCGCCAGUCGCUGAAGUAGAGCAGGAACAUUAUAGCCACAAUGUAGCGUCAUUAGAGCAGUAGAAAUCCAAUGGAGGAGAGAGAUCUAGAGAUGAGAUUUCACAAAAGGCAUUCAUUCAUUCAUUUAUUCACUCACAUAUUCAUCUCCAUUGGGACUCAAAAGAGCUUUUUUUCCAAUCCAUAGACACUUGAGGUUUUAGUUUUUUUAGACUUUAUUGUUGUUCUUUCCCUUUUUUAUUUCUUUAUCAUAUGGUAUUUCUGUUUGUCAUUUUGCAACAGUGACUCUUGAGCCUACUGUAUAUUCUAGGCAGAAAGAACCAACUGGACGAAUGUUGUGUUUGUCAAAACUGUGGUUGUGUAUCGUUAAGCACUGCUGUCUUGGGUUUUUAUUUGGUUUUUGUCUAUUUUUGUUGCUUAUUUACCCCCACACUGGAGUUACUGUGUCUUAUGAUAUUAAGUGUUGUUUUAAUCUCUAAAUAUGAAUGUUUUUACAGGUUCUUUGGAUAUAGCCGGGUCAGAGACCUGCUCUGCCUGGAUCUAGCAGAACUACUGUUAUAGUUAGAUUAAAAAACCCUUUCGGAGGAGAAGGGAGAGGGUUAUAGAGCCAACAAUGGACUGACGUGCAAUUAAAUGCACUGUUUCUUCCCCUUCUAGACCAAUGGACCAUGAUUCAUCCGUGCAUGUUUCCAAAGAAGACAAUGUCCGUUAUUGUAGUGUUUCAUCAAAAUGUAAGAACUUGGUUCUUGUUUAAUCUUUACAAAGAAGCAUUUCCAUUGGGAUAUGUCAAGAUGUUCUUGGGGUAAAUUUGACCUUUAGCCUCCACAUGCAGAUGUCCAAUUAUAGAAGUAAAACGGGUUGUUAAUGCCAUUUCAUGUUGGCAUUAAAGGAAUUAUUCUUCCCAAAAUUUAAAUUUGAUGAACACAUUUGGGGAAAUGUAUCAUUGCAUCACUUGCUCAGCAACUGAUCCUCAGCAGUGACUGGGUGCCGUCAGAAUAAGAGUCUAUAACAGAAUACCUAGUCUAUAACAUUCUGAUGGCACCCAUUCGCUGUAGAGGAUUCAUUGGUGAGCAAAUGAAUGCUAAUUAAUCUAAAUCUGUUCCUAUGAAGAAACUAACUCAUCUAUAUCUUGGAUGGUCUGAAAGAGAGUACCUUUUCAGCAAAUUUAGAUUUUUUGCAUGAUGUAUUCCUUUAAAAUCCAGCAAAAAUGUCAAUAUUUCACCACCACAGACAAAAAAAAAAAAACUCAGUUGCAAAGGAAAACACUAUACUUCCUUGUUACUGGCAUAUUGUUCUACAGUUACAUUGUUGUUGUAUCUAAAUGAACUAAGUCUGAGGACAUACAGGACCAAAAAAUAUUAAUAUUGUAGAGAUCCAUUUUAUCUUUGAUCUCUGUAGAAGGCACAUUUAUGGGGGAAUAUGUAUGUAAGUGUAAAAUUAUUCAAAGCACAUUUUUCUCUUUCUUUAAUCCACUUUAAUGUUUUAUUAAUGUCAUUUAAUGUUUUUGUAAAGGUUUGUGAAUGAGUGUUGAACCAAAAACUCCAAAACAAUUUUUUUUUUGGUGUACUAUUAUGUAACCAAGAUCUGAUAUUUCCAUCAUUUUUCAUCAGUGCAUACUAGUUUUUACAUUCCUUUCCUAUAGUUUGUGUUUACUGUAUUUCAGAAAUUGUCUUCAAAUGUACAGGAGAAGUUUUAUUGUUUGGCUGCUGAAAGGUUUGGCUAUGCAGGAUGUUUUGAAGAGUCCUCCAAUAGCACUGGGAUUUCGAUUUGAAUGUUGGUGGUUGGAAAGCUUAGGAGAAGGGCCACCACUAAAACUCAGUCUCCCAGAAGCCUUUGCUGAAGUGAGCCUGAGGCAAUUUCUGUUAUUAAUGAUCAGAGUUUGCUUUUCACUACGUAUUUAGAGACCAAGAGUGCAUGUCAGUGUGAUUGUGUGAUACUGUGAGUGUGGUUUUGUUUCAAGUGAAAUUCAGUGUACCUUCUUUUAUCAUUUAGUAUAACAGUCUUUCAUUCAAACCUUUUUACUCUCUGUAUGUGUCCUACAUGUACAUUACAUAAGCAGAGUAGAUACUGUAUGUAUAGUAAUAUAUUGGGGACUAAGGAAGACUUGUUUUCUUUCAUCAUCUUUCUUAUUUUCCAUAAUAAAUACAGAUUUUGCUGUUAA